UUUUAACUAAAGAGCUGUGCUCCUCUGCCUCUCUCACUGAGUUCUCUCUAAGUGUGUAACAGUGUCAUGGAUUCAAUGGAGCCUACACAACCUGAUGUUGCCACUACAUGACCAGCUAUGAGACCUCCUCGUCCACCGCAAGUGAUAUCUUCUUCUAAUCCUAAUAAGAGAAAAUCACCAUCAUCGGCUUGGGACCACUUUGAGAAGUUUAUAGAUGAGGAGAUGGCUAACUUGGCAUUCAAUUUUGAGAUUCAUCAUGGUGGCCAGUUUGUGUGGAACCCAAAUUUGGUAUAUUUAGGAGGUAUUACUUCUUUUGUUGAUAACGUUGACCCAGAUAGACUUAGUUGUUUUGAAAUACAAGAUAUUUGUUCUGAUGUAGGGGCAGUUAGUACAAGUAGAUUUCAUUAUCUUAUUCCUGGAGGUAAUUUGGAGCAAGGGUUAAGGCUUAUAAAUGAAGAUGAUGAUGUAAUUUAUAUGUGUGAGAUUCAUGUUGCAUGGCCUACAGAUAAGAUAACACUAUAUGUGUUGAGGGUGGUGAGGAGGCACUUGCAAUCGAACAACCAUUCGGUAAUGAGGAAGUAGCAAAUGAUGAUGAUGUGCAUGAGAUGCAUGAGGGAGGUAAUAUGGAUGCUAAAGAGGUGGUGGACAAGAUUUUGAUUGGUUAGAGGAAGGGUUUGAGGGGACAGAUUUUGAUGAUGAUGUAUUUGGAAAUGUAGAUGAUGGGCCAUCUACACAUGCAACCCCACAUAGGUCCUCUGAAGGAAAUGACGGGUCAUCUACACAUGAGGAUCUAUAUGUGUAUGUAGCCCUACAUAGGACUACUGCAGCUGACAAUGACCCACCAUUUGAAGAGGGUGAAUGGAUUGACCCACCUUUUGAAGAUGACAUGGAAAGUCUAGUAAGGUGUGAUGAUGAUCAGCCAGCACCAACUGCUGCAAAAGAACCUGAGUUUAAUGUCCAAACUGAUAUGAGAAAACCAGAGUUAAAGAAAGGAAUGAAGUUUCCAAACUCUAAGGUAUUUAGGGAGGCAUUGAGGGAAUAUGCUAUAAAUAAGCCAGUAGAUAUCAAGUUCAAGCUGAAUGAGAAGAAGAAGAUAUCAGUUUAUUGCAUAAAUGAAUGUGGAUGGAGAUGUUAUUCAUCUCAACUACCUGGGGAGUUGACAUUCCAAAUAAAAACAUUCAAUCCGAAGUGCACCUGUCUUAGAUCCUUCAAACACAGUCAAGUGACUUCAAGUUAUGUUUCAAAGAAGUUUAUGCAGGAGUUUGACAAAAACCCCAAUUGGAAAGUGGCUGGUGUUCAACAUCAUGUGAAGCAAGCACUUGAAAUUGACAUAAGUUACAGUCAUGUGUAUAGGGCAAAAAGGAAAGCUACUGACUUGAUUACUGGGGAUGAACAGCUGCAAUAUGGGAAGCUUAGGGAUUAUACAGAGAUGAUAAGAUUGAAUGAUAAAGGAAGUAGGGUUAUUUUGCAAACUGAAAUGGAAGAUGAAAAUGCACAGCCCAAAUUUAAGAGAAUAUAUAUCAGGUAUAAUGCACAAAAACUUGGGUUUUUGGGAGGUUGUAGACCAAUCAUUGGUUUAGAUGGGUGCCACCUGAAAGGGAGAUUUGGGGGGCAAAUACUUUCUGCCAUAGCUAGAGAUGCAAAUGAUAAUAUUUUCCCAGUUUCAUUUGCUGUUGUUAAGCAAGAGAACAAAGAUUCAUGGGUAUGGUUUCUGCAGCAGUUUUCAGAUGACAUUGGGAACCCAGAGCAACUUAAUCUGGUCUUCAUCAGUGAUAGACAAAAGGGCCUUAUACCUGCAAUUGAGAUGAUGUUCCCAACUUAUGAGCAUAGGUAUUGUGUGAAGCAUAUCUAUAAUAAUUUCAAAGUGGAUCAUAAGGGCUUGGAGUUGAAGGAUGCACUGUGGAGAUGUGUUGGAGCCACAACAAUCAAAGAGUUUGACAGAAGAAUGCAAGAAAUGAAGGAUUUGGAUGUCAAGGUAUGGGAGUAUCUUGCUGACAUCAACCCUGCACAAUAGUCUAAGUCUCACUUUAGUAGUAGAGUUUUGUGUGACUGUUUAGUUAAUAACUUGAGUGAGUCUUUUAAUGUCAUGAUCUUAGAAGCUAGGGAUAAGCCAAUUUUAGCAAUGUUGGAGCGGAUCAGAGUUAGGCUCAUGACCAAACAAUACAAAAAGAUGAAAGGUAUAGCAAAAUACACUGCAAAGGUUUGUCCUAAUAUUCAAGAAAAAUUAGAGAAGUUAAAACAUGAAUCUAUACCUUUCAGUGAUACUCUAGCAAGCAGCUUCAUGUAUGAGGUUGAUAAUAGUCGUGAGAGACAUGUGGUUGACUUGGCUAAGAAAGCAUGUAGUUAUAGGAUUUGGGAUUUGACAGGACUUUCUUGCAAACAUGGGAUCUCUGCUAUUGUUAAGAACCUAGAGAAAGUGGAGGACUAUGUGCAUCCUUGUUACUUGAAAGAGACAUUUGCUGAAACUUACAAAGAGAUAAUACAGCCAAUGCCUGGCCAGUCUAAGUGGGUUGAGACUAACCAACUUGCUCAUGUUGCUCCUCAUAUGUAUAAACCACUUGGCAAACCACCAAAGCAAAGAAAAAGAGAUCCUGAAGAGCCAAGGAACCCUUAUAGAGUUUCUAGGAUGAACAAGAUAAUCAAGUGUGGGAAGUGCAAGAAAGAAGGACAUAAUGCAAGAGGGUGCAAGGAAGGUAUCACUAGUGAAACUCCAUGGCAGAGAAGAGAUAGACUUGCUAAAUCAGCAGUUGUAAGUAUUUCCAUGCUUUGAAUUAUAUUCAUUUCCUCAAGUAUUUCAUGUGUAUGUAACUUGUACUAUCCUCUUUGUAGGCACAAGGCAAUAAAUCUACAAAAAAAAAAAAAAAGCAGACUACAACACCUCAAACUGCAUCUCAGCCACCAAGUGCUAGAUCUCAGCCUACAUACAGAGCUUUUGAUCAAGCUGCAUCUCAACUUGCACCAAACAAUAGAUUUGAGGUAGCAACUCAACCUCCAACUAGAUCUAGGGCCAAGUAGUUCUCUUCAUCCUCAUAACUGAGCUUCCAUACCCCUAGAGAGACAUGGGAUUCUUUACCAUCUCAGGCACCUCUACUUUGUUCUAUUUUGUUUAUUUUUUUCCUCUUACUUGCUAUUG